AUGCCUGCUGUCCGAUCUUCAGCUCAACUUAUAGAACUAGACAAUGAAGCUCGCGUGAUCUACUAUCCUGCAAGCCAAUCUGAAAGGGCUACUUUCAGAACGAUUAAUGGAAAGCGCUUGACUGAGCACCAAUGGAAUGUAUACGACUUUACCAAGUCAAUACCGAGCGGAAAAGUAUCGACUUACGCUGAGGUAUGUCGAGCUGUUGGAGGCUCACCUCGUUCAGUUGGAAACGCACUCCGACACAAUCCAUUUGCACCAUGCGUCCCUUGUCAUCGUGUCAUAGCCUCCUCGCUCUACAUCGGUGGCUUUGUUGGCGAGUGGGGUCCUGAUAGCAAGACCAAGACGCAAUAUCAUAGGAAAGUGGCGAUAUUGAAGGAAGAAGGCGUGAUAUUUACAGAGAAAGGUUUUUUGAAGGAGAAGGAGCGAGUCUGGAAAGAAGGCAAGAAAUCGUGUUGA